GUGUCUUUCUGAUCCCGUACCUGCUCAUCGCUGUGCUAGGGGGGGUCCCCAUUUUCUUCCUGGAGAUUUCGCUGGGGCAGUUCAUGAAAGCCGGGAGCAUCAACGUCUGGAACGUCGCGCCCCUGUUCAAAGGGCUGGGCUUCGCCUCCAUGGUGAUCGUGUUUUACUGCAACACCUACUACAUCAUGGUGCUGGCCUGGGGCUGCUACUACCUGGCCAACUCCUUCGCCGCCCCCCUGCCCUGGGCCACCUGCGGCCACACCUGGAACACGCCCGAGUGCGCCGAGAGCUUCCGCCCGCCGGACUGCGCCGGCAACCAGAGCUGUGAGCCCGAGGGGCGCUCGCCCGUGCUGGAGUUCUGGGAGAACCGGGUGCUGCGCCUCUCGGGGGGCCUGGAGGAGCCGGGCGCCAUCAACUGGGAGGUGACGCUUUGCCUGUUGGGGUGUUGGCUGCUCGUCUACUUCUGCGUCUGGAAGGGCGUCAAGUCCACCGGGAAGAUCGUCUAUUUCACUGCUACAUUCCCCUACGUGGUGCUGAUUGUUCUCCUGAUCCGGGGGGUCCUGCUGCCCGGCGCCGGCACCGGGAUCCUGUAUUAUCUCAAACCCGACUGGUCCAAACUGGGAAUCCCCUCAGGUAACGCCGGCCCGGACGCCUGGGUCUGGAUCGACGCGGGGACUCAGAUCUUUUUCUCUUACGCCAUCGGGCUGGGCGCCCUGACAGCCCUGGGCAGCUACAACCGCUUCAACAAUGACUGCUACAAAGAUGCCAUAAUCCUCGCCCUGAUCAACAGUGGGACGAGUUUCUUCGCUGGCUUCGUCGUCUUCUCCAUCCUGGGCUUCAUGGCGACGGAGCAGGGGGUCGACAUCUCCAAGGUGGCAGAAUCCGGGCCUGGCCUGGCGUUCAUCGCGUAUCCCCGAGCUGUCACCCUGAUGCCCGUCGCUCCCCUCUGGGCGGCUCUGUUCUUCAUCAUGCUGCUGCUACUUGGAUUGGACAGUCAGUUUGUGGGCGUGGAGGGUUUCAUUACAGGGAUCCUGGAUUUGCUGCCGGCCAGCUGUUCGUUCCGGUUCCAGCGGGAGGUGACGGUCGCCCUGAGCUGCACCCUCUGCUUCUUCAUCGACCUCUCCAUGGUCACGGAGGGGGGCAUGUACGUCUUCCAGCUCUUCGACUACUACUCGGCCAGCGGCACCACACUGCUCUGGCAGGCCUUCUGGGAAUGUAUCGUGAUUGGCUGGGUGUACGGAGCUGAUCGGUUCAUGGACGACAUCGCCUGUAUGAUCGGCUACCGGCCCGGCCCCUGGAUGAAAUGGUGCUGGAUGGUUCUGACACCCCUCAUCUGCCUGGGCAUUUUCCUCUUCAACGUUGCCUAUUACAAGCCGCUGAUCUACAACCACACCUACGUGUAUCCGUGGUGGGGCGAGGCCCUGGGCUGGGCCUUCGCGCUCAGCUCCAUGCUCUGCCUGCCUCUCACGGCCCUCAGCAAACUGCUCCGCGCCCAGGGGCCGCUGGCCGAGCGCUGGCAGUGUCUCACCCAGCCCGUGUGGGGGCUGCACCACCUGGAGUACAAGGUGCCCGAGGGGAACAGGGGGGCACUGACCAGCCUGAGCCCCUGCGCCGAGGACAUGGGCAAAGUCGACAUCCUGGAGAGCGUCAUGUGAUCUGGAGCUCUGCCCCCCUGGGGGGUCCCCUGCCCCCAGAACAUGUGCCACUCAAAUCAUACAGCCGCUCCCUGGGGGGCAGGACCCCUGCAAACCAGCCCGGACGCCUGGGUUCUCUCCCUGGCUCUGGGAGAGGAGGGGAGGGGCUGGGGGCCCAGACACCUGGGUUCUCUGGGAGGGGAGCUCCUCCAUUCAAUUCAGCCGUUUGGCCCCACCCGCCCCAGAGCCAGCAUGAGACCCCCCCAGCCGGCGAACCCAGGCGUCCUGCCCCCACCCCCCGAGCCCUUGAACGCAGAUUAUAUUUUGCACAUUUUCUAUAGAGAGAAGCUAUAUACAGAUCUAUAAAUCGGGGGAGGGGGGGGGACAUUAAUUUUCUUAAGUGUGGGGCCUGUACAAAGCGCUAACGAGCCAGGCCGGGGGUCGCGCGGGGACCCGGCUGGUGGGGGUGUCUGUGUCGGGGGGAGGGUGUCCGUGUGUGUGUCCGUGGGGGGGGGGGGGUCCAUGUCCGGGGUGUGUGUGUGUGUCUGUGCUACAUCAAUGCACCAACCCAACCUCAGGCCGACGGGGGUGGGAGCGGGGGGGUGAUUGCCGAUGAGCCUCUGGGGGGGGGUGGCCCCCCGAGCAGCCCACCAGCAGACCCUUGGGCUGUUUUUUUCUGGGGGGGGGCAGGGGAGAUGGAUGGGAGCAAGAUCCCCCCCCAUAUGCCAAGAGUCCAAUCUCUGCCAUCCAUCCCCCCCCCAGCCGGGGGUUAAAUCCAGAGUGACUCCAGCUUGCCCCUCGCCCACAGAGGCUGUCCCAUUUGUUCCCCCCCCCCACCCUGGGGGGGCCCGGGGGCGAUUCCACAUCAGUCUUCCACGGUGGCAGCUUUAACGUGUUGUGUGUUGUGUCAAACCCGCGGGGACGCUCCUGACCCCCCGCUUCCCAGAGGCCCCCCCCGUUCCUGACCCCCCCCAGCCCACUGCGGGCUCUGUCUGUGAUCGUGUUAAUUUCCAUCCUGAGACAGCAAUAAACGAGACAUAUCCCGGCC